ACACGACGCCCGAGCCGCGGACGUCCGACGUCGUGAUACCAGUAGACCUGUUGGUACGAUCGCAACAUCACAUUUUAAUAAUUUCCUAUGGCCUAAAAUUGACAAUGUAACUGUUAGUGCUAUUUUGUAGUGAUUGAAGAAUAUCAAUAAUUCGACUAUAAGGAAGUGUCCAGAUAUACAGUAAAAGGACGUCUCGGAGUCCUUUCAUAAAUAAUGAUGACAGAAGAUAACGGCAAUAUAAUGGCGGGGCAACUGAAACCGACUUCGAGUAGCAACGAGGAUCUUAGUGAAUAUACCGAUGCUGACGAGAGUAUUUCAGCGCCAACGGAAAUACUUGCAGAAUUUUUGUCUGCUGUUAUGCUCAAAGAUUAUGAAACAGCUCUGAAAUAUUGCAAAUUAAUUCUUCAAUACGAACCAAACAAUAGUACAGCAAAAGAAUUUUACCCACUCAUCAUUGAAAAGCUUCAAAUGAUGAAUAAAGAAGACAUUGAUAGCAAUAAUGAUAGCGAAGAAGAGGGAGGCAGCGAAGAUAGCAGCAGUUCAAGUGAUUCAGAGAAUACGACAUCCGAAGACAGUAGUGAUGGUCAAGAAGAGGAUGAGGAGGAAGAAGAAGAGGAGGGUAUCGAAGCUGGUCAGGCAGGCGAAGAUAAACGGUCUAAAGGAUCUUCCGAAGGAGAUGGAACAACGGGAAGUUAUUCCAGUCUAGAAGAUGAUGAGGCUGAUCCUGUGGACCAGUUGGCAGCUUUGGCAGCACGAUAUCAAAUCGAUAACGUCAAUCUGGGCAAUGGAAACAAAAUAUACAAUACCAAUCUAUCGACUACAAUGGGAUGCCAGAACAAAAUGGCAUUAUUCAAUUCAAAAAUGAAGAUGUCGGCGGCUAACGCGAAUACAACUCAAGAAAAUCAACUUCCGUUUGGAACGAGCUCCGAUUCAGAAUCCCCUACAGAGCCAGUCACCCAACAAACGGUCGCCUUGCUCAGGGCAAGAGUAGUGCCAAGCAACAUAUAAAUUUAAUUUUACAAGUUUUAGAAUGAAUCUUGUAGGUCCUCACCUAUACCAUUCUGUCCAUUCAGUGAAAUUUCAUGUUAAAUUUUUGAAAAAUUUAUAAAAAAAAUUGUUGAUUUGUCGUACUUUUCGAAUACUUUAACCGGUACAAUUUAAGGAUAUCAGAAAAACUAUAAACUUAUAAUUAGUUUUUUGCUAUUUAUCAGUAGCAAAAAGAACUUACUUGUUUUGAAAUGCAUCGUUAGAUCGAAUCUUUUUAGAAAAAAUAUGAAUAAAAGAGUAGGUAGAGCCGUGGCCACCCUUAAAGAUAUGAGUCUAUUCUUCUUAUUUUUCAAUUCUAACUACGCUAAAAAUUUUUUCCUUUAAACAAGGAUGUUUAGUCGAAAACUCCUCCCUAGUAUUUCGGAAAACAUUAUCGAGUCGUGACUAGGACGCUACUGUAUUCCCUUUUUCAAAUUCAUCCUUAUCAGUAAGUUGGGUUAUAUAAGGUGAGUAUGGAGGAGCGCACCAAACUCUAGGAGUGUAUUAUACACGUAAAAUAAUGUGAAAACACUUAUAUGUUCUUAUCUGAUUUUCAUUUAUAGCAUAUUAAAAAAAAACAAAUUAUCUUAUAAAAAUUUUCUUAAUCAUAGCGUUCUUUCAAUAAAUGUUCAAAAAUACCGUCAUUGACUUCUAAACUCACCCUGUAUGAAUAAAAAAUUCAGAAAGUUAACAACGAACGAAAUCAGACGAAGUUAAAUAUGCUGCUUCUCUUAAGCCAAUCUAUUUAUUCGGUGAUAUCGUUUAACUUUUGUCGGACGACAAGAAAAGAUGGAACAGAACCCUGUUGAACACAUCUCAGUACCUCCUGCAAAAAUGCAUCACAUUCUGCAUUUAUUUGAGUUUCUAUAACAUGAGUUAUGAAAAGAUUAAUAUUCUUCAAAUAAAGAAUGCUUGCUCAAAUAUUAUUUUUUGCCUUUGUGUUUAUCAUGUCGAAAAAAUUUGUUUUUAUCAAAUUAUAUGCAAAAUGUAUCUCAUCUGCAUCGUUUGGAUACGUUCAUAAUAAUUUCUACCUAUACGUAAUCUUCUAAAGAUUGCCUCUUUAGUAAUAAAGGUAAUAUUCAGUAUAUUGAUAUCUCUAAUGUGAACACUUUGAUGUAUUUAUUGAACUUAUCAGAGCCCAACAAGUGUAAAACCACCAAAUUGUUAAAAUUGAAAAUUGUGAGAAAAAAUAAUAUAUAAUAAUACUCUAUAUAUGACUCAAAAUUUCCAUCAAUUCUUGCUUUCAAGUUGCCAGCCUAAAAUUUCGAUCAUGUCUAAGAAAUCACAAUAAAAUAAAAAUACAAUUUAUUCAUUGAA